AUGGUGUGUCGGCUUGACGUGGUAGGACAGCUUGCGUGCUUCAAAAAACCACCAGAUCUAUGUGGGCGGAGGCCAUCCAAGCCCGGAGGUCUGUCAGUUCUUUCUUUUCUUUUCUUUUUCGUUCUAUUUCCGUUUUUUUCUGUCUUUCAUUUCUUUUUUUUGUUCGCCAUUUACUCUUUUCUUUUUUUCUUUCUGUCUGACAUUUUUGUUUAUUUUCUCUACCUUCUUUUUCUACUUUUUUGUUUUUUCUCUUUUUACUUUUCUUCUUUCGUUCUUUCUUUUUUUUUACUUCUUUUCCUUUUCUUUCGUUUUACCUUCGUGCAUUUCCUUUCUUGUUUUGUAUUUUCUUCUUUAUUCUUUUCGUCCUCCCUUUUUUAUUAUUUUUGUUCUCUCUUUAGCUUUCUUUUAAUCCUUUCAUUUUUUCGUUCGUUUUUUGUCCCUUUCCUCUUCCUUCUUUUUCCCCCUUUCUGCUUUUAUUCUUUCUUUCUCCUUUUUGUUACAUAUUUUGUUAUUACUUUUUUUUAUCCUCCCUUGCUUUUUUUCUUUCUUUCUUUUUUGUUCCUUUCCUAUUUUUUAUGUUUAACCAAACUCACACAUAUAUACAUGCACAUAUGUGCACAAUUCGGUCUAUGCAAUCUCUCUCUCUCUCCCCUCUCUCUCUCUCUCUCUCUCUCUAUCUAUCUAUCUAUCUCCCUGCCUCUUGUUGUUAACACGUGA